GAAAUCAAAAAUAUUUUAACGGGACUGAGCUACAUUGAGUCCACACUCUUCCGAGAGAAGGGCUUGUGGGAGGUACCUAAAAUUUUUUUGCCUGAAUCGAACAAAGAAGAGCAAGAAGAAGAAGAUGCCCCAGUGCUAGAAGGCGCGAGGGAGUCUGAAACUGAUUCCGACGGCGACGAUGAGGUCUUCUAUGUGAGAAGCGCCGAGAGAAAUCGAUAUGGAUAUCGAUGGUCACCUCACUGGCUUGCACCGAUGCCAGGGAGAUUUGCUCGAAAUCCUUAUUAUUCUAGAAAUCAUUGUUAUUCUAGAUGCCUAUACCGCGAGGACAAGCCUUCUGCAAUUGUAGGAGCAGGACUGGAAAUCCUUAUUAUGCUGGAAAUCCUUAUUAUUCUGGAUAUGCUGGAAAUCCUUAUCAUUCUAGAUGCCCGUGCUGCAGUCAGUAUGUUGUCUGUCUCUGGAAUUCGACGCCAUAGCCGACACCAUAAAGUCCUUUUUCCCGGUGGGGCUCCGGCGGAGACGAGCUCCUCGGCCAUGGAGUUUCAAGCUGUCCAAUUUCCUGAUUUUCUCUCGAGAAACAGCCGCACCGCACUAAUACUCAGGCUAUCGUUGCAGUCGUUUCAAGAUCCAGUCUUGCUCGCCACCGCUCCCCUAGGGUUUGAUGGUUGGACAAAGAGCGGCAAGCAGCAGGCUUAG